UGAACUGGCAACCAAGUUACCACUAGCAGUGAACCCCCAUACCUACGACUCUUCCCAUACAAAGACAUGUCUCCUUCUCCAGGCCCACUUCAGCCAAGUUCCUCUUCCCUCUUCCGAUUACAACACAGACACCAAGUCUGUCCUGGACCAAGCCAUCCGUGUACUACAGGCCAUGCUGGACAUUUCAGCUGACCAAGGCUGGUUAGUGACAUCCCUGCGUAUCACCAUCCUUAUCCAGAUGGUCAUCCAAGGACGAUGGUCAACAGACAAUGCUCUCCUGACCUUACCACACAUGACACCCUACCACCUCAACUGUCUCAGGCCUAAAGGUGGAGAGGGUGCCAAAAGGAAGGGCACAGCCCUGCCAAGGGGCCCAAUCAGAUCCCUCCCGGAGCUUUUAGCUGCAUGUGAUGGGCGAUACGAGACACUUCUUACAAUGUUGGAUGGAGAGAUGGACAGAAUGCAAAUUGACCAGAUUUACACUGUGAUAGGAAAGUUACCUCAGAUCCAAGUGAACCUUUCCAUAAAGGGAUGGUGGGAAGGAGGUGAAGGGCAGAAGGAUAUUCGAAUCCAGAACUCUACAGAUGGUGGGCGUCGCCCAGACAGCGACUGGAUCCAGGUGCAUGCUGACCAAGAGUAUGUGAUACAUGUUGACCUUGUCAGGGUUAACAAGACCAAACGAAAUGAUAGUAAGGCCCAGACACCACGGUUUCCCAAACCUAAGGAUGAGGGCUGGUUCCUGGUGAUCGGGGAGAUAGAGAAUAGAGAAGUCAUCGCACUUAAAAGGACAGGAUAUGUUCGUGGACGUUCUCGUCAACAGUUGGCAGUGUACACUCCAGAGACAACAGGACGUGUGGUCUAUACAUUGUACCUAAUGAGUGACUCCUAUCUUGGUCUGGACCAGCAGUACGAUAUCUGUUUAGAUGUGAUACCUGCUAGUAUAGAGUCACAGGUCAACACAGAGCUGGUCGGUGAACUAAAUGACUUGGACAUGGAUGGGGGUGAAUGAUUCUAAAUGUAUGGGUAUUUCUGGUGGUUAUCUUUAAAGUGUUAGUGACUAUACCACAUCAGUUGGUCAAAAAUAAACCACACAAUACCUGGAUAUUGAAAAUGAUGAGUGGAUAUUUGUAUCUAUAAUUAUUGGGAGGUAUUUAUCAACGGUAUGGCUGAAGAGAAAUCAAAAUGUCACACCUGGAAUUUGUAGUAAUGUACAUAGCCCAUCACAGAAUGAUACUGUUGGUAUGAGUACAAAUCAGUAGUGUCUAUUUUUCUCUUUGGUGUAUGAAACUUUGACCUUAUGACCUUUUGUACAAGUGAUAUUUUUAGGUUUUGUUUGAUUUUACUAGAAAUGUGUAAAGUGAUCAGACUGAUUUGGUUGUGUGAUUUGUUUGUAGAUAGUUUAUUGAACAUAGUUUAGUGUCUAAAAGAAAUAGAUGCAGAUACUGACUGUUAAACAUUUAAGCUUUGGUGUAAAUUGAGUGUACCUGCCUUAAGCUUUGGUGUAAAUUGAGUGUACCUGCCUUAAGCUUUGGUGUAAAUUGAGUGUACCUGCCUUAAGCUUUGGUGUAAAUUGAGUGUACCUGCCUUAAGCUUUAGUGUAAAUUAAGUGUACCUCACUUAAGCUUUGGUGUAAAUUGACUGUACUUCACUUAAGCUUUGGUGUAAAUUGACUGUACCUCACUUAAGCUUAAGUGUAAAUUAAGUGUACCUCACUUAGGCUUAAGUGUAAAUUGACUGUACCUCACUUAAGCUUUGGUGUAAAUUGACUGUACCUCACUUAAGCUUAAGUGUAAAUUAAGUGUACCUCACUUAAGCUUUUGUGUAAAUUGACUGUACCUCACUUAAGCUUUUGUGUAAAUUAAGUGUACCUCACUUAAGCUUUAGUGUAAAUUGACUACUUCACGAACGCUUUGAUGUAAAUUAAAUACUUCACUAAUUGGUCUUUGGCUUUUGUGAAAAAUGUCUACUUUUACU